AUGGGACUUCAAACUCCUGUUUAUGAGACUACUAAGGAAGGCCCAUCUCAUGAGCCUUCAUUCAGAUCUGCUGUGGUAGUGAAUGAUGUCAGAUAUGAAUCUUUGCCUGGUUUUUUUAAUCGUAAGGCAGCGGAGCAGUCAGCUGCUGAAGUUGCACUUAUGGAAUUAGCAAAACUUGGUCAAGUGAAUCCUUCCAUCUCCGACCCUGUUCAUGAAACAGGUUUAUGCAAAAAUCUACUUCGGGAAUAUGCACAAAAGAUGAACUAUGCUAUUCCAAUCAAGAACAAAGAAAGAAGCAGAGAUCAAGCUGCUAGAACUGCACUAUUAGCCAUCCAAUCAAGUGCAUCUGAGUUAUCUGGCUCACCAAGUGGCAAUUCUCAGCUAACUGUAAUCCCUUGCAGGAAGAGGGGAACAGAGUCAGUUGAUAAGCCUAAGGUGGACGAGACUGUAAACGUUCCAAAGCCAAAGAAAGCUAGAUUCAAAAAGAAAACAUUGAAAAAGUUUUCUGGAGACAAAACAGGUCGCAACAUGGCUCUUAAUGUAGCUGCUAAUUUGGAUGGAUCGCAAAUUGGUCAAACUAAUGCACCUGGCAUUCAAGUUGUGGGUUCCGAGGCUAUGUUUACAGAAGAAGCAGCUAGGAAUUUCCAAGGAGGGAGACUGGACAUUGAACCAUCUGAGGGGGAAACAUUUUCUGUGAAAGAUCCUUCCACUAUAAAUGGGCAUUCGACAGCUACAAAAUGUAACCAAAGUGUUCAUGAGGCAACUGGAUAUUCAUCAGUUGUAAAUUCUAAUCAAAGUGGUCCUGAAGGUCUGAGCAGCUCAAUGUCUUAUGGAGACGCGACUGCUUUGAUGAAGGAGGAAAAAGAGGCUAAUGUGCAGUCGACAGUUGCAAAUUCUAAAUAA